AUGUCGGACUACGCUAUUGACGCUCUGCGUCUUGCUUUUAUUCGACGUGGCCUGCACGAAAACGAAGCGAUUCAGAAGUGUCCCGCCAAAUCGGGAGUCUUAAAGAUUUGGCGGGCACUACGCGUAAAAUUCUGGGACCCGUUCUUCAAGUAG